AUGCUUCCAUCAAAUGUGACUGAUGAUGGUGCCUAUCUUCCUGUAUGCCUCCCUUGUCAUUGGAAUGGUAUUUGUACUGAAGCUGAUCAGUCUCCUGCAGACUCUUCCCUACCAAUACCCCUCUCCGACCUGGAUGGAUACGAAUGGUCUGUCAUUCGACGAGAGCUAUCAAGUGCCUCAGGAAUACUACCAGGAAAUCCCUCAACCGGUAUAUCUGACACUAUAAGGUGGGACUGUUUAGACCUUUACUGGCAGUAUUUCCAUCCACACUUCCCGGUUGUCCAUCGUCCUUCCUUCCUACCUACGAAACCGAGUCCCUUACUGGCCAGUGCAAUGGCAGCUAUCGGUUCACAAUACGACGGACGACCUGACGCCAAAUUAUAUUCUCUAACUCUUCUGGAAAUAGCCACAAAGCUUCUUCGACGGAGAGACAGCAUUACCAGUCGGUCUAGACUGGCAGACCUACAAACUGUGUUCCUUCUAGAGGUCCUCAGCAAGUAUUGUGCGAGGAGAGUAGAAGUCGAAAUGUCAGCAAGAUUUCGUUCGCUUUUCGCGAGCCUCGAUCAAGCGCGUCGAUCUCUGGCGACAGAUCCUCUAGCAGUUUUCCGGACACUUCGAAAAGACCGGACUUCAGAAGACGUCUAUCGAGCACAUAAGUUUUGGCUGGAGCACGAGACCCGAAGAAGGAUCCUACAAGCCUCGAUGGUGCUGGAUCUACAGCAGGUCAUCCUUUUCGAGCAACCCGCCACGAUUGUCCAGCAUGAUCGACCGCGGCGAAAUAAUCCUGGACUACGCACCGCAAUAUCGCUUCCCUGUUCAGAGGAGCUCUGGGAAAUCAGCUCGAUUGAAGCGUGGGUUGAGAUGGCAUCGGAUCCCGCAUUUUAUAAACCUCGCUGCGCUCGUACCGACAUUUCUACUCCUGGAACACCUCUAGAUUAUUUCCAAAUUCAAGUCAGUCUUGCAAACAUGCAAGAUACCUCUUUAGACACCAUCCUGCCGCAGAAAGACCAAUGCAACCAGUCUGCUUCCCGCAUCACUUUCAAUUUCCAUGCACGAGAGAUGUCUCGAAAUACGCCAAUACGGCAACUACUGGUGGUGAGUGGCGAGUCAUGGAUCAUGGGCAAAAAGCUCGAGAACGAAGGCGAGUUCCAUGAUGCCAAAAAAAAUCUCAGAGUUUGGGUCGAGUCCAAUCUUGAAAGUCGUAUCGCACUCUGGCAUGCCCUACGAUUGAUUCGAGGCUGCGCGAAGUUUAGACCCUCCGAUUCUACCAAUACCGGAUUGUCUGUUUCAUUCCAAGAUACUCAAAUGUUGCACGAACCAUGGGUGUUUUAUCUUGCUGCUUUGGUGUGUUGGGCUUACGGGGUGAGCAUCUGGAAAUCUCUCGAGGGCACUGGUCCGCUCUCUGGAGCGACCUCGGCGGCCAGCGAACCUCUUUCCAAUCUGUCACGAACCUCUAGCCUGUCUUCGGUACAUCCGGCGCUUUUAGACUCACAUGAGGCAGCGUACUCGAUGCGAGAAUUUUUACACCUGACCAAUGUGGAGAAGCCGGAGAACUUGAUACAGGUAGACCCUCAUACAUUCGGACAAGUGCAUGGUCUUCUGGAAAUGAUCCGGCUCCAUAAGAUUGGCGAAUUUUUAGGAGGGCUCAUGAACGACGCGGAACGGGUACUGUAUCGACUCGUGGAGGGACGCAGUCGACUGUCACAUUUCUAG